UCACUCUAGAAGUUUUCCAGAAAAAAAAUUAACCAGCCGCCUGAUAACCAACCAAAUUAAAAGUUAUUAAAUCGCAACAAAACCGCAGCCAAGUGUGCACAAUGAGCGAGCAGAAAUCGAGUUGGAGCGAGUUUGCGCGGCUGCAAAUCGAGGCGGAGUACAAGGAAAAACAGGCGGAAUGGCAUCGCUUCUACAAGGAAAUUUGCGAGCGCUGCGACCGGGAGGCGAAGGAGAAACAGUUCAGCACAUCGGAAUCGGAGCGUCACACGAAUCGCGGCCUGAAUCGCUAUCGGGAUGUGAACCCAUAUGACCAUUCCCGCAUUGUUUUGGAGCGCGGCAGCGUGGACUACAUCAAUGCCAACCUGGUGAAGCUGGAGCGCGCCGAGCGUCAGUAUAUCCUCACCCAGGGACCGCUGGUGGACACAGUGGGCCACUUCUGGCUGAUGGUCUGGGAGCAAAAGUCCAAGGCGAUCCUGAUGCUCAACAAGCUGAUGGAGAAGAAGCAGAUCAAAUGCCACCUCUACUGGCCCAACGAGAUGGGAGCCGAUAAGGCCCUCAAGCUGCCCAAUGUAAAGCUCACCGUGGAGCUCGUAAAAUGCGAGACCUACCAGAAUUUCGUGCGCCGGUGGUUCAAACUUACCGAUCUCGAAACGCAGCAGAGCCGCGAGGUGAUGCAGUUCCACUACACAACAUGGCCGGACUUUGGCAUUCCCAGUUCGCCGAAUGCAUUCCUCAAGUUCUUGCAGCAGGUGCGCGACUCCGACUGCCUCAGCCGCGACGUGGGACCCGCUGUGGUGCACUGCAGCGCUGGGAUUGGACGAUCGGGCACCUUUUGCCUCGUGGACUGCUGCCUCGUGCUGAUCGACAAGUACGGCGAGUGCAAUGUGUCCAAGGUGCUGUGCGAGCUGCGCAGCUAUCGCAUGGGCCUAAUUCAGACCGCCGACCAGCUGGACUUCUCCUACCAGGCGAUCAUCGAGGGCAUCAAGAAGCUGCACGAUCCCGCCUUUCUCGACGCUGAGGAACCCAUCAUUGCAAACGACACAGACACCCACACACUGGAUGAGCAGCCGCCGCCACUGCCGCCUCGCGUUGCCUCGCUCAACCUGCCGCUGGCCCCCAAUUCUGGUGGCAUUCUCUCGCUCAAUAUGCGCGCCGCCCAGGCGAAUGGAGGAGCCGCCGCUGACAGUGUCAUCGAAAAGCUGAGCAAGGAUGCGCUUAACAACUUUAUCAAUCAGCACGAUAUGAUCCACGAUGCCGAGGUGGCCGACAGCCGUCCCUUGCCACCGAUACCCGUGAGAUCUCUGAACGAAUCGGACAGCGAUGAGGAUUACUUGCUGGACGAUGACGACGAGGAGGAGGAGGACUCGGAUGAGGAGUACGAGACCAUUAACGAGCACGACGCCGAGCCGGUGAAUGGUCAUGUGCCCCUGACGACGACGACAGCACAGCCGCAUGAUGACGAUGUCAAUGCCAACAGCGAGAAGCCAGCAGCGCCUGCCGAUGAGCAGCACAAGGCCAAUGGCAUUGAUCCCAUUCCAGGCCAGCUACCAGCCAGCCCCGAGAACGAGCUGAAGCGGCGGAAACGCACCGAAUACCAGGCCAGUCUGGAGCAGAAGGUCAACGACAUCAAGCGGAAGCAGCGGGAGAACGAGGACAGCCAGCUGGCGGCAAAGAAACGAAGGUCAUUACUCACAUAUAUUGCCGCUGGUGUUGUGGUGGGCGUGAUCUGCGCCUACGCAUACACGAAGCUAGGAUAAGUGCCCCGCCCCCGCCCCCCAGUAGCCACUAAGUAGUCGUAGAGACCAGUAGUAGCAAUAGCUGUAUGACGUAUUUAGUUGCCGUAGGACAACACACACACACUGAUCACCGAUUCCUCCGACCCCCCGAUUCCUGGCAUUAAAUGUGUGGGCACGAAUCAAAAGGACGACGAGGCUCACGAGGAUCGGAAUUGAAAUCGGUUAGGAUCAGAUCAGAUAUCGGAUGGAGUCGCAUCGCAAUCGCAGCCCACGGAUUGCGUAU